AUGUCACCAUCAAGGCGGGACUUCUGGGUCACCAUCAAUGCAGGACGUAUGGGUCACCAUCAAGGCAGGACCUCCAUGUCACCAUCAAUGCAGGACGUAUGGGUCACCAUCAAGGCAGGGCCUCCAUGUCACCAUCAAGGCGGGACUUCUGGGUCACCAUCAACGUGGGACUUCCCCUCACCAUCAAGGCGGGACUUCACGUCACCAUCAAUGCAGGACUUAUGGGUCACCAUCAACGUGGGACUUCCAUGUCUCCAUCAAGGUGGGACUUCCUUCUGUGUCACCAUCAAGGCGGGACUUCCCCUCACCAUCAAGGCGGGACUUCCUUCUGUGUCACCAUCAAGGCGGGACUUCUGGGUCACCAUCAACGUGGGACUUCCCCUCACCAUCAAGGCGGGACUUCACGUCACCAUCAAUGCAGGACUUAUGGGUCACCAUCAACGUGGGACUUCCAUGUCUCCAUCAAGGUGGGACUUCCUUCUGUGUCACCAUCAAGGCGGGACUUCCCCUCACCAUCAAGGCGGGACUUCCUUCUGUGUCACCAUCAAGGCGGGACUUCUGGGUCACCAUCAACGUGGGACUUCCCCUCACCAUCAAGGCGGGACUUCACGUCACCAUCAAUGCAGGACUUAUGGGUCACCAUCAACGUGGGACUUCCAUGUCUCCAUCAAGGUGGGACUUCCUUCUGUGUCACCAUCAAGGCGGGACUUCCCCUCACCAUCAAGGCGGGACUUCCUUCUGUGUCACCAUCAAGGCGGGACUUCUGGGUCACCAUCAACGUGGGACUUCCCCUCACCAUCAAGGCGGGACUUCACGUCACCAUCAAUGCAGGACUUAUGGGUCACCAUCAACGUGGGACUUCCAUGUCUCCAUCAAGGUGGGACUUCCUUCUGUGUCACCAUCAAGGCGGGACUUCCCCUCACCAUCAAGGCGGGACUUCCUUCUGUGUCACCAUCAAGGCGGGACUUCCCCUCACCAUCAAGGUGGGACUUAUGGGUCACCAUCAAGGCAGGACCUCCAUGUCACCAUCAAGGCGGGACUUAUGGGUCAUCCUCAAGGCGGGACUUCCCCUCACCAUCAAGGCGGGACUUAUGGGUCACCAUCAAAGCAGGACCUCCAUGUCACCAUCAAUGCAGGACUUAUGGGUCACCAUCAAGGCAGGACCUCCAUGUCACCAUCAAUGCAGGACUUAUGGGUCACCAUCAAGGCAGGACCUCCAUGUCACCAUCAAUGCAGGACUUAUGGGUCACCAUCAAGGCAGGACCUCCAUGUCACCAUCAAGGCAGGACCUCCAUGUCACCAUCAAUGCAGGACUUAUGGGUCACCAUCAAGGCAGGACCUCCAUGUCACCAUCAAGGCGGGACUUCCCCUCACCAUCAACGUGGGACUUCCCAUCACCAUCAAGGCGGGACUUAUGGGUCACCAUCAAGGCAGGACCUCCAUGUCACCAUCAAUGCAGGACUUAUGGGUCACCAUCAAGGCAGGACCUCCAUGUCACCAUCAAGGCAGGACCUCCAUGUCACCAUCAAUGCAGGACUUAUGGGUCACCAUCAAGGCAGGACCUCCAUGUCACCAUCAAGGCGGGACUUCCCCUCACCAUCAACGUGGGACUUCCCAUCACCAUCAAGGCGGGACUUAUGGGUCACCAUCAAGGCAGGACCUCCAUGUCACCAUCAAGGCGGGACUUCCCCUCACCAUCAACGUGGGACUUCCCAUCACCAUCAAGGCGGGACUUAUGGGUCACCAUCAAGGCAGGACCUCCAUGUCACCAUCAACGUGGGACUUCUGUGUCACCAUCAACGUGGGACUUCCCAUCACCAUCAAGGCGGGACUUAUGGGUCAUCCUCAAGGCGGGACUUCCCGUCACCAUCAAGGCGGGACUUAUGGGUCAUCCUCAAGGCGGGACUUCCCGUCACCAUCAAGGCGGGACUUCCAUGUCUCCAUCAAGGAGGGACUUCCCAUCACCAUCAAGGCGGGACUUAUGGGUCACCAUCAAGGCAGGACCUCCAUGUCACCAUUAACGUGGGACUUCUGUGUCACCAUCAACGUGGGACUUCCCCUCACCAUCAAGGCGGGACUUCCAUGUCUCCAUCAAGGUGGGACUUCCUGUCACCAUCAAGGUGGGACUUCCAGGUCACCAUCAAGGCGGGACUUCUGGGUCACCAUCAACACGGGACUUCCAAGUCUCCAUCAAGGAAGAACCUCCAUGUCAACAUCAAGGCGGGACUUCCUGUCACCAUCAAGGCGGGACUUCCAUGCCGUCCUCAAGAUGGGACUCCCGGGUCACCAUCAAGGCGGGACUUCUGGGUCACCAUCAACACGGGACUUCCAAGUCUCCAUCAAGGAAGAACCUCCAUGUCAACAUCAAGGCGGGACUUCCUGUCACCAUCAAGGCGGGACUUCCAUGUCGUCCUCAAGAUGGGACUCCCGGGUCACCAUCAAGGCGGGACUUCUGGGUCACCAUCAACACGGGACUUCCAAGUCUCCCAUCAAGGAAGAACCUCCAUGUCAACAUCAAGGCGGGACUUCUGGGUCACCAUCAACACGGGACUUCCAAGUCUCCAUCAAGGAAGAACCUCCAUGUCAACAUCAAGGCGGGACUUCCUGUCACCAUCAAGGCGGGACUUCCAUGCCGUCCUCAAGAUGGGACUCCCGGGUCACCAUCAAGGCGGGACUUCUGGGUCACCAUCAACACGGGACUUCCAAGUCUCCAUCAAGGAAGAACCUCCAUGUCAACAUCAAGGCGGGACUUCCUGUCACCAUCAAGGCGGGACUUCCGGGUCGUCCUCAAGGCGGGACUUCCGGGUCACCAUCAAGCCGGGACUUCCAGGUCUCCAUCAAGGCGGGACUUCCGGGUCGUCCUCAAGGCGGGACUUCCAGGUCACCAUCAAGGCGGGACUUCCAGGUCACCAUCAAGGCGGGACUUCCGGGUCGUCCUCAAGGCGGGACUUCCGGGUCACCAUCAACACGGGACUUCCAAGUCUCCAUCAAGGAAGAACCUCCAUGUCAACAUCAAGGCGGGACUUCCUGUCACCAUCAAGGCGGGACUUCCAUGCCGUCCUCAAGAUGGGACUCCCGGGUCACCAUCAAGGCGGGACUUCUGGGUCACCAUCAACACGGGACUUCCAAGUCUCCAUCAAGGAAGAACCUCCAUGUCAACAUCAAGGCGGGACUUCCUGUCACCAUCAAGGCGGGACUUCCGGGUCGUCCUCAAGGCGGGACUUCCGGGUCACCAUCAAGCCGGGACUUCCAGGUCUCCAUCAAGGCGGGACUUCCGGGUCGUCCUCAAGGCGGGACUUCCAGGUCACCAUCAAGGCGGGACUUCCAGGUCACCAUCAAGGCGGGACUUCCGGGUCGUCCUCAAGGCGGGACUUCCGGGUCACCAUCAACACGGGACUUCCAAGUCUCCAUCAAGGAAGAACCUCCAUGUCAACAUCAAGGCGGGACUUCCUGUCACCAUCAAGGCGGGACUUCCAUGUCGUCCUCAAGAUGGGACUCCCGGGUCACCAUCAAGGCGGGACUUCUGGGUCACCAUCAACACGGGACUUCCAAGUCUCCCAUCAAGGAAGAACCUCCAUGUCAACAUCAAGGCGGGACUUCCAUGUCACCAUCAAGGCAGGACUUCCAUGUCAACAUCAAGGUGGGACUUCCAUGUCUCCAUCAAGGCGGGACUUCCAUGUCAACAUCAAGGUGGGACUUCCGGGUCACCAUCAAGCCGGGACUUCCGGGUCGUCCUCAAGGUAGGACUUCCGGGUCAAAUCCAUCCCUCGGGGGGUCUCGUUGAUGGCUCGUUUAUCUCAUUACAACAAGGACGAAUAAAUAUUUUUCGAGGACCCGA